AUGGUGGUGAAGAGAGAAGAGCAGGCCCAGCGGCCGUUUGGGCUCCGGUUACCAUCGUCCCCCGAUCGAACCCCGGUGGCCCACAGCUUAGGGCUGUUUAUUGGUGCCUGCCUGGCCGUGGCUAUGCACGGGACCCAAUUGGAUCUUCACCCUGAGACUGCGUUUGCUGCCAACAACCAUGCUGUGGACGGACCUCUCCGAAGCAGCUCGGCCCUCCACCAAACGCCCAGCACCCUAAUGGUGCAGACCCACCACCCGGCGAUCCUGUCCUGUGAACGGAAAAUCGUCCCCACUAACACGCGUAUCUACUGGUUGAGACAGCGUGAGGCCCCAAGUCAACACAGUAACUACGAGUUCCUGGCCCUCUGGGACCCCAGCCAACAGAAUCCGACCACCAUCAUGUAUGGCCAGGAGGCGGAGCAGGAGGUGCUGACCAUGUCUCAGGUUGGGCUCAAGGCCACGCUCAACAUCACCAGGCCCAAACCUGCCCACAGCGGCAUCUACUUCUGCAUGGCCCUCGGGAAUCCCCAGCUGGUCUUCGGGAAGGGGACUCUGCUGAGCGUGGUUGAUGUUCUGCCCACCCCGGCCCAGCCCACGAAGAAGACCACAACCAAGAAGAGAGUGUGUCGAUCCCCAAACCCAGUGACCAGGAAGGGCCCCUCCUGCAGCCCUGUCACCCUCGGCCUGUUGGUGACUGGCAUCUCGGCUCUGCUCGUGUCGCUGAGUGUGGCCAUCCAUCUGCACUGCCUGUGGAGGAGAGCCCGGCUGCGCUUUGUGAAACAGUUUUACAAAUGAACCAAGCCUACGCCUUCGGUGUCCUGCAUUGGUCAAUACUGAGCAAGAGCAGGAAAAGACACAGGAACUCAGG